AUGCAGCACAAGAACUUAAGUUCGUCUCCUGCUGCUGCUGUUGCUGCUGCUGUUGCUGCUGCUGUUGCUGCUGCUGCUGUUGACGGUGUGGGUGUGGAGACACUAGCAGAGGAUGGUUGGUUAGAGCUUGCCCCUUUGCUGCCAGCAGCAUUAACAGAAGCAGACAUUCGUGCUGCUGCUGCAUCAUUGCUGUCUCCUUUUAGCAGCAGCAGCAGCAGCAGCAGCAGCAAAGGAGAUAGUGCAGCACACGUACUGCAGGGAGGAAUUAUUGUCUCCUUUCCUUUUAUUGAUUCAUUAAUAGCAGCACUAAGGCCUACGCUGCAUGCAAAGGCUAACGAAGCAGCAGCAAACAGAGCUGCUGCUAAGGCUGCAGCAAAGCAGCAGCAGCAGCAACAACAACAACAACAACAGCAACAGCAGCAACGUACAGGAAAGACAACCACAACUGCAGAAGCAGAGAGUGACUGGGAGGACGACGUUAAGAGGAAGGGGAAACGAGGAAAGGCUGCCAAGUCUUCAGGUCAGGAAGGGGAGGGAGUACAGCUAGAGGACAUCGAUGCUGCUGGGAUCGAGUCGUGGGAUCCGAUCCCACCGCAUGUAAAGGAGGCGAUGUGGGGUGUGCUGCAGCCACGUCUUGCCCAGGCAUCAGUGCAGCAGCAGCAGCAGCAAAAGGCAGCAGCAGAAGGAGAGUUGCUGCAGCAACGCUAUGAAGUUUUGUGUCUUGGUCUCAAGGCUAUAGAGGAACUACAGCUGCAGCAGCCAAAGCAGCAACAGCAACAGCAGCAGCAGAAGCAGCAGCAGCAGCAGCAGCAGCAGCAGCAGCAGCAGAAGCAGAAUCCUUUAUGUGUAUAUGUAUUUAAAUCGAUUGCUUUUGUUAUCAUCGAUCAACUCAUUGCAUCAGCAUUCAGACAUUCUAUUGGGGAGGAAGUAGAGGUCAGCAGCAGCAACAGGCAGCAGCUGCUGUCGCGGUUAGCAGCAGGAGAAGACGAAGACAGCAGCAGCACUGCUGCAGCACUGCAGCAAGCAGCAGCAGCAGCAGCAAAGAGAGACACUUCUACUGUAGGGGGAGACAUAAAAGAAGCAGCAGAAGAAUGUCAUGUAUUCUUGCGCCCACCUGACAAGAGAAGGACGAAGCAGCUGCUGUCUGAGCUGCGGUCUCAAUGGACAGCAGCAGCAGCAGCAGCAGGAGAGCUGCAGCAGCACCGCAAGCUAUGCCACGCAGCAGCAAAUGUGCUGCUGCUGAAGCACGUUGGGGUGUAUCUUGAGUUUCCUCAAGAAGAUUGGGCCCUUGCUGCUGCUGCCGCUGCUCUGCAGCAACAGCAGCAGCAAACACGAAUAGAAGGAGUAGAAGAACUUGUUGCUCUUACAGAGGCCCUUGCCAGUGGAUCCGAGGAGGAAAUUAAGGAGGCGGCUUCUUCCCUUAAGAAUAAAAUUACUGCACCAACAAAUGCAGCAUAA